AUGGGUAGCAAAGCAGUCUUCGUUACGGAACAGCACUUGACAGACCCGAAAACCGAGAUGCCGGUCGACACUCCAGCCACAAUUGGUCGCUUGACCAUCGUGCACAAAGACGCAAAGCCGCUCGUUCCAGGUCGCAAGACAUUCUUCGAUCUCUCUGGCGAACUGCGAAACGAGAUCUACGGCCUCGCCCUCAACAAGGAAUACCAGCGUGUGCCUCUAAACCGGUACCACCUCAACAAGCCUGACCCUUUGGUCACUCUUCUACAAACAUGCUCGCAAGUCUACCAGGAGGCGCGGAGCUACAUCGUCGAGAAGCAAGUGGCGUAUGUUCCCGUUAUGGCUGGAAUGCAGUUUAACUACGGAGGCGUGCUGAAGGAAGACUACGGCUUGAGCAAAGAGACCACAGACACCAUUGCAGCGUCAGUGGUGGACUUCAUGAACGUCCACUUUCACCUGCAUAUCGAUCUAUCGGCACAGAUGGAUUUACAGGUAUAUACACUGCAAUAUGGUCCUGGAGCGCGCCGAUACCGCGUGAAAGGUCUCCAUGACUCCAAUGGAGAGUAUAACCCUUCCACCUUGCUCGACACCCUUCACCAAGCCAUCAAGCAAUACAUGCCGCAGUCAUGGGACCUAUACAUCAAACAUGGGCUCGGAAAGCGGCAUGCAACAGUGCACUUGGACCAUAUAUUCUCGUUGUGGCCAAAGAUCUGUGUCGAACAUCCUUGCGUACCUAUCGCUGCUAUGCGAGACCUCGUUGACCUGCUCGCCAAAGACACCAUGACAAACUGGCAGAUUCGUUAUUAUGUCCCCACCGGCCAAGCUGGUGCAGAAACUAGCUAUGGGAGCACAUCAGAUGAAGAAGGCAUGGCUAGUUUGAUCCGCGAUACUGAACUUGCGCAGCUACGUGGCUAUGCGGACACGUGCGGACGCGGCAACAUAACCAUCGUAGCGGAGAUGUAUGGCGACAACACGGAGUGGGAGUUUGGUGAUGAGUCACACAGUGUAUCCAGGCACCGCAGUCCAGUUACCGAAUUCUGGCCGAAUCUACAUUUUGAUCCUUGGGAGUACGAGUUUUCGCUUGGUAAUCACUACCAAAAGCGUCAUCGUGCACAAAUGUCGUACCAGCACUUUGAUGAUGAGGCCUUGGGCGCUACCUACAAGGAUCGCGCGCGACGACUACAGUGGUUGGGCGAGUUGCAGAUGAGGGACGAGGAGGCUGAGAGGGAGCGUGAACAAAAGAAGAAAGAAGAAGAGGAAGCCCAGGCCGAGAUGGAGUGUCUUGAGGCUCAUUUGGGCGACUUGUCGACUCUUGGAGAGUCUGAAGACCUGAAUGAGCGGGAGGCGUAA